AUGUGCGAGCCCUUAGAAAAGAAAGAUAAGCGAAGUUUUCAGGAAGCUUGGCUUAGCGACACUCAAUAUAAAUUUUGGAUACGUAAAGUACCGUUGAAUGACGAUCUUUAUCAUUGCACUUAUUCAAUAAUUGUGAGAUUGGGCAUAAUAUUAGUUCUUCUAUUUGACUUCAAUAUUGGUUUGUCGUUCCCAAAAGUAAGAAAGGAAUCAUAUAGUACUCCAAAGAAGAACUUACUUCUCCGGACCACAAAAGAACACUCGGCAAAUAGCUUGAUUACUGUGGGAUUGGAAUUAAUUCUCCUAUUUGACUUCAAUACUGUUCGUUCCUACGAAGGAAACUAUAUAAUACUCCAAAGAAAAAUUUACUUUUCCGGACCGCAUACAAAAACCACUCCCGAUAGCUUGAUUACUGUGGGAUUGAAAAUAUUAAUUCUCCUAUUUGACUUCAAUACUGUCCGUUCCUACGAAGGAAACUAUAUAAUACUCCAAAGAAAAAUUUACUUUUCCGGACCGCAUACAAAAACCACUCCCGAUAGCUUGAUUACUGUGGGAUUGAAAAUAUUAAUUCUCCUAUUUGACUUCAAUACUGUCCGUUCCUACGAAGGAAACCAUAUAAUACCCCAAAGAAAAAUUUACUUUUCCGGACCGCAUACAAAAACCACUCCCGGCAAGUAUAAUGUUAUAUUUAUGUAUAUAGUGUUGGUUAAUCUGCAAGAGUAAUAUUUAUUUUUGUGUAUAUAUAUUAUUUAGAUAUAUUAUUAUAUAUCUUUGUAAUUAAUUGUUAUCGUCUUAUUUUUUAUUUAUUGGUAUUUAUAAGUACAUUGAUUGCAGCUAUUCGAAUCCUUGUUUUUUUAUUCAAUUUCAUUUGGCUCGAAUAAUUACCAUACAGUUUGGUGACACUUCGUUAAAUAACUGGGAUAAUUUUAAUUCAUGUGCAUACAAAAUCUUUUAGCUUUG